GUCUCCCCGCCCCCGGCCGAGCGGCUCCCCCGGCAAGAUGGUGCCCGGCCGCCCCCGCGCGCUCCUGCUGCUGCUGCUGCUGCUGCUGCUCGCCGGCCCCGCGUCGCGGGCUUCCCAGAACUGUUUCAACAAACAGCAGCUCCUCGCGGCCAUCCGCCAGCUGCAGCAGGUGCUCAAGGGCCAGGAGACCCGCUUCGCCGAGGGCAUCCGCAACAUGAAGAGCCGGCUGGCCGCACUGCACAGCUCCGUGAACAGAGUGGGCCCGGGCGCCCCCCCAGUGUCCUGCCCUGCUCUGAACGCCCCUCCCGAUGGCAGAAAGUUUGGAAGCAAGUACUUAGUGGAUCAUGAAGUCCAUUUUACCUGCAACCCUGGGUUCCAGCUGGUUGGGCCCAGCAGCGUGGUGUGUCUUUCCAACGGCACCUGGUCAGGGGAGCAGCCCCACUGUCAAGGCAUCAGCGGAUGCUCCAGCGAGCCUUGUCAGAAUGGUGGAACAUGUGUAGAAGGAGUCAAUGAGUACAAAUGCAUCUGUCCUCCAGGGAGGACUGGGAGCCGUUGUCAGCACCAGGCCCAGACAGAUCGACAGAAUGGCUCUUCAUUUCAAAUGCUUCCCUCACACCCUGUAAAGUCUGUAGUUAGUGAAACUAACCCUCAGAGCUGUGCAACUAGAUAUUUGACUGAUGCGGCCCCCGACGGCGGCGUGCCCGGCGACCCCUCGUUCAGCCGCGCGCCGCGCUGCGCGCAGGUGGAGAGGGCGCAGCACUGCAGCUGCGAGGCGGGAUUCCAGCUGAGCGGCGCGGCGGGCGGCAGCGUCUGCCAGGAUGUGAAUGAAUGUGAGCUCUACGGGCAGGAGGGACGCCCCCGGCUCUGCAUGCACACCUGUGUGAACACCCCAGGUUCCUAUCGCUGUGCCUGCCCCAGCGGGUACCGGAUGCUGGCUGAUGGGAAGAGUUGUGAGGAUGUUGAUGAAUGUGUGAGCCCACAGCUCAUGUGCCCCCGGGGGACCAUGUGCAUCAACACCGGUGGAAGCUUCCAGUGCGUUAGCCCAGAAUGCCCUGAGGGCAGUGGCAACGUGAGCUACGUGAAGACUUCUCCAUUCCAGUGUGAGCGAAACCCCUGCCCCAUGGACAGCAGACCGUGCCGGCACUUGCCCAAGACCAUCUCCUUCCAUUACCUUUCUCUGCCCUCCAACCUGAAGACACCCAUCACACUCUUCCGCAUGGCUACAGCCUCUGCCCCCGGCCGACCUGGACCCAACAGCCUGCGGUUUGGGAUUGUGGGUGGGAACAGCCGGGGACACUUCGUGAUGCAGCGCUCUGACCGGCAGACGGGGGAGCUGAUCCUCGUCCAGACCCUGGAGGGGCCUCAGACGCUAGAGGUGGAUGUCGACAUGUCGGAAUACCUGGACCGCACCUUCCAAGCCAACCACGUGUCCAAGGUCACCAUCUUUGUGUCCCCUUAUGACUUCUAGGGCAGCUGGGGGGUCACGGCGGUGCAGAGAUCUGGGCUCAUUUCUCUUCCUCAAAGAUCCAGCUGAGGGCCCUGCCAGCGACAGCUCUCUCUCCCCAGCCUGCCUUGCCCCUGCCCACCCGUCUGUGCCCCCAGGUUCCUAGGGCAGUGCUGACACUCUUCCACGGAGUGGCACACAUGGCAGCUACAGGACCCAAACUGCUGCCAUCACGGUUUGUUUUGUUUUUUUUUCUGCUUUAAGCUCUUCCUGUAGAUUAUGCACGACCCUUCUCAAGUCUUUUCUACAGGGAAAUGGGCACUUUUUCAAAAUGCUAGGUAAAUGGCAGUGUGUGUUUGAACCAGCUGGGGAGGGAAAUGCUUACGGUGUGUGUCUGAAAUGACUGUCAGUCCUCUGUAUCACUAGAGUCAAGCCUCGUUAUGAAGCUGCUCUAGCAUGCUGAGGGCCGGAUCAUGCCCCUGCAACGUGGGGCAUAGGGAGUGGGUCUCCUGCCACAACCUGGCAUGCUGUUCUCAUCUGCAUUCCCUCUGUGACAUGCCUGCCAGCCUUUUCACAGAAAGCCAUGGCAAGGCCUAGAACCCGCACACAGAUUCUUCUAGACCAAGGAACCGACAUUAAAGCAUAAGUGCUGCCUGAAUGAAUUCCCUUUUGAGAAAUCAUAUCUCAGAACAUAACCUGGUAUUACAACUGAAUAAAUAAAGUCAGUUGCUCCUCCAUGCCCACCUGGCCUGUCCCUGAAUGGGAGUUAGCCCAGUUCCUUCUAGGAGGGGAUACCUGGCUCUCUUUCUAUCUAGGCUGGAGCCACUGGGAUAAAUGCAGAAGAAAGAAAACAUGGAGGUAACCUUGAGAUUACACCACCAACAGAAACUUGGCUUGGCCAAAUGGGAGAAGGCAACAUCUGGCUGUGGCGAGCUUACAAAAAUGCUUGAAUUUACAUUGAUUCCAGGGCCUCCUACUUCAGGUGUAGGAGCCAAGGGGCAGUGCCCUCCAGGUGACUGAAGAAAACAAGCACGGCUUGGACAUGGGGUGGGGUGGAGGAGACCAUUCAAGUUAAAACCAAAAAGCCAGCUGAACUGGGAGGAGCCAAAUACAUGUUAAUCUAGGUGAGAUUUCAUCAGAUAUUUUAAUUAAAAAUUCAUUGUAUUUGCCUUGGUGAGAUGGGGCCAGAGGAAGUGUGUUGCCCAGUUAGUGAUUAAGCCAUAUACCAAGAUGGUUUCUAGGAAAACCUAUCCUUGUCUUAUUGUGUCAAAGAGUGAAACCCGGUCAAGAGUUGCUUUUGACAUGUUUCUUCUCUCGUGGGCCCAGCUGCAGUCUCUCUAACAGAACGAGGGCCUGCAAAUCUGCUUUUGUGGACUGUUACAAGACUGUAGUCACAAUAUUAGCCACAGCCUUGUGUUUUCAAAUGGUGCUAUGACUGGGGUUAGAUCCUUGCAUGCCAUCCAGUCCCCUGUGCAGAAUGCCAGGGAGGGCAGUCCAAGGGCAUGGCCAUGAUCCUGAAAGUACAGUGUCACAGCAGUGCAUUCCUCCCUCCUAGAGCAGGACUGGUUUUGAGGGACAAGUCUCUCACCUCCCAGCAGAUGAGGAGUGAUUUGGGAGCUACAGAGCACGUGCCCUGCCUAGACUGAUGUAUGAUGAUGACUUGGAUGCCAUGUAGGCCCAGUCUAAAACAGUGGUUUACAUCACCAUGACUGCCGUCAUCAAAGCUGCUUCCCAUUUAUGGAUUCCCAAACCCAGCCCUGUCCCCACAGUACCAACAUAUGAAUGCCUGAUGGCUUGGGACCCCAUUUUGUGGAUGAUGCCUGGGCUCUUCCUCCCUGGGCAAUACCUUGUCUCUGCACUCUUUCCACUACUCACUUUCCUCUGGAAAACCAACUUCUCCCUUGUCCUUUCCUAGCUGUAGUAUGCACUAGGCCAGAGUAGUGAGGAGUUACCAGAGAAGCUAGGAGUUGUACCUCUCUCUAGGUAAGACAGCUUCCUAUCAUUGGCAUUGUAAAACUGUUACCAUGCAUAGUUGCAAACACGUACAGAAGUAUAGUAUGAUGAACACCAUGUGGAAACCACCAGCUUCAACAAUUAACAAUUGUUAAUUCAACAAUUAACAUACAGCCAACUUUCCCCUACCACGAUGUUUUUGAAGCAGAUCCUGGACAUCAUAUCAUUUCAUUGGUAAAUAUUUCAGCAUAUAUCUAUCUCUAAACCACAGGGACUUCUGAAAAAGCAUAACCUCAAUACCAAUCACGCUUAAAAAUCAGUAAUUCCUUACUACCUUCAAAUAUUCAGUCAUUUGUCAAAUUUCUGAGUGGCUCAUGAGUUUUUGUUUGUUUGUUUGAGUUAGGUCCAUGCUCUGUAAUUUGUGGACAUGCAUCUCAAGUCUCCUUUAAAUGUAGCAAUGGCUCUCACCCUUUAGCACAUACUGGAAUAACAUGGAGACUUGAUAGAAGAUGGUAUUGGAUCGUGUGACCUGUAGAAUUUCUCAGUGUGGGUCUUCCCGAGUGCAUCUCUGUAGUGUCUUUUAACAGGUUCCUCUGUCCUGUUUCUUAUAUAUAUAUAUAGUUGUAUUGAGAGAUUUAGUCAGAGUCCAGUUGUGUUUGUUUGUGCAAGACUACUUUAUUGGGGGUGACAGGUACUUCUGGUGGGAGCCAUACAAUCUCUAGUUGCCUCAAUUUUCUGAUGGUAGCAGCCAUUCAUGAUUACUGCAUAGACCUGCUACUUCUUCAGGGGUUGCAAACAGUAUUCUUCCCAUUUAAUGCACAGCACAGUAUUCUUGUGCUGUUGUUUCUUGUUAGCUGGCAUACUUUAUAAAGAGAAACUUCUUUUAUCAGUUCUUUGUUUGGUUAGUCUGAAGUUUGGUUUGUAUAGGAAGGCAGCAUAAAUUCUUGAUUUUUUCCCCCUUCCUUAGUUUCCAUGGUGAUUUUCUGGCAUCUUUCCAAGCUCUCCAGUGAGAGUUGUUUUCUGCUUUGAGUAUAUUAUGAACUUAUGGUUUAAACAUAUUUCAUGUGUGUUUCAAUCCAUUGCAGUUGUAAUCUUUACUGUUACUGAAAUUAUCUUAUUUUUGGCUCUUGGGAACUGUGUUAAGUUGGCUGAUUCCUUUUGAUAUGACCCUAGUGGUCUUUGAUGGUUUUGUAGUUAUCUUGUAUGGCAAAAUGUUUCAGGUUCAUCUUUGUAUUUUAUGCCCUAGCUCUGAAGUCAUCCAGUGGUUCCCAGGGGCCUCUGGUUCCUCUUAGUAGGCAAUAAUAAUUAGAGACCAAAAUCUGGGUGUGAGGAGUGCUCACUAGUGGUUUGGUCACUGUUUCUUGGUGUUAGUGGACAGAUCUAGGAAAUAUAUACUAUGAGUUUAUAAUGAUACUUCCAAUUCAGUUCAGGAGUAUAGGGUUUUUAAUGUAACCUUACUGAUUUUACAUCUGCUCUUCUUUUACUCAUUCUGAAAACCUCUUUCUCAAAAUCACCAAAAUAACUGCAUAUUGUUUUAAAUCCUCAGAAUAACAAUGCCCAAACUACCAUACAAAUAGUUACUAAAAACAGUUAAAAUUUUCUUUUGCAAUUCUUUUUGUCCUUAGGGUUUUGCCAUUAGGGAUGUCCCAUCAAAUUACUAUUUUAAAAUAACUUAGAAUAGUGGUUAUGUUUCAAACUUAAAUCAGGUAUGGUUACUUUAUUUUGCUUAAAAUUUUAGAUUGCUUUUUUAUUUUAAUUUUUUUUAUAAUUAUGUAAACUAUUCACAUGGCUCCAAAGUCAAAUCCACAAAAUGAGCUACUUUCAGAGAAAUCUGUAUCGUGACCCAGUCCCCUCCCCCUCCUUCUUCCUUAGAUAAUACUUUUUUCCCAUUUAUUCUUCCAUUAAAAAAAAAUAUAUAUAUAUAUAGACGAAUGAUAAAUGAUAGCACAGUAUUUCACACUUUCCUUGGUCUUGCUUUCUUUUCCCCAUAACAAUAUACUGAAUAUCAUUCCAUAGAACAAGAUAGAAUGUUCUCCUAUUAAAUGCUCCAUUAUGAGGUCAUACAUACCAUUGUUUAUUCAACCAGUCACCCUUGAUUGACAUUUGGGUUGUUUCCAAUCCUUUGCUAUUAAAAGUAUUGCAGCAAUA